CAAUCUAUCAUCUAAAAAGACGUUAAGUGAUGAAAAUAAUGAAUAUAAUAAUAACCAUACAACUAAUAGCACGCUAUCUGGAGAUAGUAACGAAUAUGAUAACGUAACUGGUGGUAUGCCAUCUAAAAAUAAUUCUGGCACAAGUAAAUUAUCCAAACCCAACCUUAAAGAUCUUCAACUCAUACCCAUUAAUAAGGUACCUGGCAAAAAUCAAAAGUUUAUUAGUAUGUUAAUUAAGGAUCAAUUGCCUAUUAAUAUAUGGGAAGGAACUGGUUUUAUUGAGUUUUUAGCAGAGUUUGAUCCUAAUUAUCGAUUGCCUUGUGAAAGACAUUGCUGA